GAUCAAACGAACCCUCCUGACACAUAACCUUUGAGAGACUCAAUUACCUCUUGAUCAUCCUCUGUCUUCCAUCUGAUGAACCUGAGAUUCUUGGGUUUUAUACUUGGGGAUCAAUCAGGAGAUAGUAUUUGUUUUUGAUGCACACGGAGAUUGUGAUUUGUCUGGAGUAUUAUGGGUUGCAUCUUCUCAAAAAGAAAUACAGAAGAAGAAGAAGAAGAAGUUAAUGUUAAACCUCAAGAAACAUCCUCAGUUCAAUUGAUUGCGCCUACAACCUCCCAGAAAGAUGACUUUUCACAUAAAUCCGUGAACGGAAGCUCAUCGCAUAAAGCAUCUGGUCGGGGCAGCGGAUUGAUUGUUCCUAUAGACGAUAGUGAUGGUAAAACGGUGAUUGUGGAGAGACCCACGAGGUCCCACCGGAGAUGUUCAACAGCAGAUGUUGGAACAGGUGGAGGAUUUCAAUUGUUUCAGCAGCCCCCGAGUAAUGUUAUCUCAAGUAGCCCCGAGUCUGAGCUCACUGCAGCUGGAUGGCCUUCUUGGUUAACCUCUGUUGCAGGUGAAGCCAUCAAGGGUUGGGUUCCUCGUCCGGCCGAAUCCUUUGAGAAGUUGGAAAAAAUUGGACAAGGGACUUAUAGUACCGUGUACAGAGCUCGUGAUCUUGAGACCGGUAAAAUGGUAGCCAUGAAGAAGGUUAGAUUCGUAAAUAUGGAUCCUGAGAGUGUGAGAUUCAUGGCUAGGGAAAUCAACAUCUUGCGGAAACUUGACCAUCCAAACGUUAUGAAGCUCGAGUGUCUUGUGACCUCAAAACUCUCUGGAAGCUUGUACCUUGUGUUCGAGUACAUGGAGCAUGAUCUUUCUGGUCUCGCUCUUAGACCCGGUGUCAAAUUCACAGAACCUCAGAUCAAAUGUUACAUGAAACAGCUGCUUAGCGGUCUUGAACAUUGCCACAGCCGAGGAAUCCUCCACCGCGACAUUAAGGGUUCAAAUCUCUUGGUGAACAAUGAUGGAGUCCUCAAGAUUGGAGAUUUUGGUCUGGCGAGUUUCUAUCAUCCAGAUCAAGAUGAACCCCUGACGAGCCGUGUAGUCACCUUGUGGUACAGGGCCCCUGAGCUUCUUCUUGGAGCUACAGAGUAUGGAGCCGGCAUAGAUUUGUGGAGUGUUGGUUGCAUUCUAACAGAACUUUUCUUAGGGAAACCAAUCAUGCCCGGAAGAACAGAGGUGGAGCAAAUGCAUAAGAUCUUCAAGUUGUGUGGUUCACCAUCCGAUGAUUACUGGCUGAAGACAAAGCUACCACUUGCGACAAGUUUCAAACCACAACAACCUUACAAACGUGUCCUUCUGGAGACGUUCAAGAGUUUGCCAUCUUCUGCUCUAGCUCUUGUUGACAAGCUUCUAUCCUUAGAACCAGAGAAGCGAGGCUCAACUUCAUCAACGCUAAACAGCAAGUUCUUCACAACCGAACCACUCCCUUGCGACGUAUCAAUUUUGCCCAAGUAUCCUCCAAGCAAGGAACUUGAUGCAAAGGUCCGUGAUGAAGAAGCAAGAAGGAAACGUGCCCAAACUGUGAAGGGACGUGAAGCUGAAUUGGUGAGAAAAGCUUCGAGAGAUUUUAAUCCUGAGGAAGCCAGUAGAACAGGGUCGAGAGGAGAGACGGGAAGAGGCGAUAGAGAUAAAGGAUUUUCUCAUACCAAUUCAAUGAUUCACCCAAGUAUAACAGCAACAUGGAGUAAAAACGAAAGCUCUAGGCACAAUGUAGUAGAGCUGAAAGCUACCCGAUCUAGCAAUGUGCCAGUCACAGCAAGAUACUUGUCUCCUUCAUAUAAAGAUGAUGCAGCCAUUGAACCCACGACGACAUACAGACGCAAGAAGAACAGAAUGCACUGUUCUGGUCCAUUGAUGCCUCCAGGUGGAAACAUUGAGGACAUUCUGAAAGAGCAUGAGAGGCAAAUCCAAGAGGCUGUAAGGAAAUCGCGGCUUGAGAAAUCUGCAACAAAGAAAAAUCACAAAACAGGUUCAUAAAUAGAAGACAUGAGUGAAGCUUUCGUAACACCAAAAACAUCACCUGAACUGGAAGAAGGAAGUCUGACCAUGGCUGUCGGGCUCUGCUACUCGGUUUUAUGCUGCAUUAGCGACGGUUCUUCAACAUCUUUUAGCAGGCCGUUGCCGCCACAGCUAUGCUUGUGCUACUAAG